ACAAAUAGAAUGAUCGGAACGAACCCCUUUAAGUAAGUUAGCUAAUUAGCUCCCAUUAGACACUGUCGUAAGUUAUAGUUGUUCUUUCUUCAAUUAAAAUUGAAGGAACUUUCACGUUGUAGAAAAGCGCCAAGCAGUCAACCCAGCAAGACAAGCAUUCACGAUCCAGGAACACUGCCCAUCGGACUUCCAUUUCGUAUUCAAUCACUUCUUCCUUUUCUCUGGUGUGUAGUUGAAUUUCUGAUGUCAAGCCAAGAGAGAUGGUGUGUGGUUACUGGAGGAAGAGGCUUUGCAGCAAGGCAUUUGGUGGAAAUACUAAUCCGUUACGAAAUGUUCUGUGUCAGAAUAGCUGAUUUGGGUCCCUCCAUAAAGCUUGAACCUUAUGAGGAGGAGGGAACCCUUGGCAAAGCUUUAGAUUCUGGCCGUGUUCAAUAUGUAUCUACAGAUCUCAGAGAUAAGGCUCAAGUACUUAAAGCUUGUCAAGGAGCUGAGGUUGUGUUUCACAUGGCUGCUCCAGAUUCAUCUAUUAACAAUUACAGUAUACAACGAUCUGUAAAUGUUGAAGGGACAAAGAAUGUGAUUGAGGCAUGCAUUGAGUUACAAGUAAAGAGAUUAAUUUAUACUAGCUCUCCUAGUGUAGUUUUUGAUGGAAUUCAUGGAAUUUUUGAUGGGGAUGAAUCUCUACCAUAUCCAGUUAAGCAUAAUGAUUUUUAUUCAGCCACCAAAGCUGAAGGAGAAGCAUUGGUAUUGAAGGCAAAUGGUGAGAAGGGACUUCUCACUUGCUGCAUACGUCCAAGCAGUAUCUUUGGCCCUGGUGAUAAGUUACUAGUUCCAUCUUUAGUUGAUGCUGCAAGGGCUGGCAAAUCUAAGUUUAUCAUUGGAGAUGGAAACAACAUGUAUGAUUUCACCUAUGUUGUCAAUGUCGCUCAUGCACACAUAUGUGCUGAACGUGCUCUAGCAUCUAAGGGGACAGUUGCAGAGAAGGCUUCAGGGCAGGCAUAUUUCAUUACAAAUAUGGAGCCUAUCAAAUUUUGGGAGUUUAUGUCUCACAUACUCGAGGGUCUGGGCUAUGAAAGGCCAAGAAUAAAGAUUCCUGCAUGGGUUAUGAUGCCUAUUGCACACUUAGUAGAGUUCAUUUAUAAAUUAUUGGCCCCUUAUGGCAUGAAGGUUCCGCAGUUGACACCUUCACGGAUCAGACUUCUUUCAUGCAAUAGAACUUUUAAUUGCUCGAAAGCAAAGGAUCUUUUAGGCUAUACACCCAUUGUGCCACUUCAGGAGGGCCUUGAGAGAACAAUUGAGUCCUACUCACACUUGAGAGCCGAACACCAGCCUAAAAGAGAUGGUCCAUCUAAAGUGCAUAAAAAUCUUGGAGGUGGAAGAGCUGCUGAUAUACUCUUAUGGAAGGACAUGAAGCAAAGUCUAGCCGCCAUGCUACUUUUACUUGCGUUAUACUACAACUUCAUUGCAUCAGGAUACACCAUUGUUGCAACAUUUUCCAAGCUUAUCUUGGUGGCAGCAAUUUUCCUGUACAUUCAUGCCAAUUUGCCUGAAAGAAUAUUUGGAUGUACUAUUGAGAAAGUUCCUGUUUCAGCUUUCCAUUGCUCCGAGGACAAUUCGCGAAGAGCUGCUCUUUCAGUUGCCUCUCAGUGGAAUACUUUAGUUGGUAUCCUCAAAACACUUUGCAGGGGCGAUGACUGGAUGUUGUUUCUAAAGGUUAUCAUCACACUUCUCAUCAUCAGUUUAUUGGGAUUCAUCUCUCUCCAGAGACUAUUUUUGGCUGGUGUGCUACUUAUUAACCCUCAAAUAAUACUUUUGUUUAUAUCUACUCUCGAGUCUCGACUCUCGAGUGCUCUUUAUACUGUCUUGCAAUGUUCUUAUCUAGCUAAUUUACAGUUACACUUAUGGUUUAAUUGUAGCAACGGUAACACCCUUUGUCGCAUUUUACAUCUACGAGAAGAAAGAGAAAGAAAUCGAUGAUCUAAUUUCAAGGAUUUGUAUCAAGUUGAAAAUCUAACAUACAGAAAAACAAUCAAUAGAUCAUCGGUGGUGUGCUCAUGUUCCUGGGCGCUCGCGUAUUCUUCAUUUGCAGUUUUCAGUUCGGGGAAGGAAAAGGAAUUUUGUGCCGAUUUUUUUCAACCCUUUUGAGACAUGUACAGCUUCUUCUGUUUGAGUUGUCGGUUUGUAGGAUCGUAGUAGCUUUAGUUGGUGAUUUUGCAGAAUCUUUAGCAGGUCUAUUUGGGGUCGUGCUUUCCUCAUUGCCCUCUCUUUGGAUGGGUUUGGCUCCUCUGUAUUUCCCCUGGACCCUGACUUUGUGUGGAAAUACUGGGUUGUUGACUUUGACUAUGACUCUGAUUUCGGGUGCCCGGUGUUGUAACAGUUAAUCCUUGGUCUUGGAUGUCUUUUUUUGGGGUGGAUAUACUGUAUUUUAUUAUUUUUUGAUGAACUUUAUAAUCUUUAAUGCGCACAGCAUUUGUAUCCUAAAAAGAAAAUCUAUUGAUCAAUUUUUCACAUUUUAA